AUGCGUCGUCCGAUGCAGCUGCACUACAGAGAGAGAGAAGCUUCCUCCCACCCCGAUCCUGACCACCGUUCAAACCGCUGGACGACUACCUGCGACUCGAGCGCCACGAUCGAGGGCACGGAGAAUGGGGAAUCGACGAAGACAAUGGAAAGAUGCUUUCUUUCGAACGUACAUGUGACAAAUCGGUGGAAGAAGCAGGCAGCUUUCUCCGCCGGCAAGAAAGCGACGAUAUCCGGUGACCGGCCUCCCGUUUCGGUGUGCACCAACACACUGCCAUUUUUCACGGUCAAGUACCGCUGAUGCUUUCGUUCGAUCGAGUUUCCUCGCUGUCUCUGACCUACUCUCUCGGCCUCCUUCACGCCGGCCACUUCACUUCCAGAGUUCUCCACUUCUCAUGAGCGGUCCACGCGCACGGCUCAUAAAAAUAUGGUAUAAGUGCAAUAAGUCAUUGGCCUCGUUCUUACCUCUCUUUGAUGGGAAUAUUGAACGAUGGAGUGAUUGGAU